CGGAGUUUGAAAUUUGUCCCAAAUAGAUGUUGCGGCACCUUUUGCCGGUGCUCAACGACCUUCAUGGACACUUCAACGUCGGGCAUACAAGAGCCUUUCGACCUUAUCCGGCUGUCACUGAGUGAACGUGUAUUUGUCAAACUAAGGGGAGACAGGGAGCUCACGGGUAUCUUACACGCAUAUGAUGGACACAUGAAUCUCAUUCUCAGUGACGUUGAGGAGACCAUCAUGAUUGUCGACCUGCCCGAGGGUGUAGCUGAAGGACAAGGGACGGUUAACGUGAGUAGCCUUGAUAAUUUGAACCAGUGGAGGCUCAUUCGCAGCAUGCAGGUCGCAAAACGAAAAAUGGACAUGCUAUUCGUUCGGGGAGAUGGUGUAAUUCUGGUGCGUAACCCUUCCGAAUUGUCUUGUAGGAGAAUCAUGACGGCUACAGGUCUCACCGCCAUCUCGAACGUGAUGGUGCGGCCGCACUACCUUUGACCCAUUUGGGCUCUGGGCCCUCUGCCAAUAUAUUUUUCGGCAGCAUCGCAUGCAUCUGCGUAUCUACGCUCGCUAUCCGUUGUAACACUUGUGUUUUGAGCUCGUUAUCGCAUCAUUAAUCUGAAAGAAUCGAAGUGUAUAUGCGUAAC